AAAAUUAUCAUCAUCAUCAUCACCAUUGUAAUUAAUUUUCAACUAAUCCAUGGUAUUGUCAUCGAUAAACAAAUAACGACGAGCAAUGUUGUUGUUGAUGAUGAUGAUGAAAAUCGAUUUACAUUAAUACCAAAAAUGAUUGAUGGUAAUCAAUAUAUGGAUUUAGAAAAUGUUCAAAACCAAUCAGCAUUGCGGCAUCAGGUGAAUUCAAAAAUUCAGCAUAAUAAUGAUGUUGAUGAUAUUGUUAUAAAUAAGAAUGGAACAAAAAUUGAAAAUGAUGACCAUUUUCUUAAUUAUAACCAAUAUAUGGGCUGGAUUUCAAUGAUUUAUAUGGCAAUCAUUUCGAUUGUUUAUCUUAUUUCAAGAUUCGAUCUUAUUACGGAGAUUUGUUGUGGAAAUUUCGAUCAAUGUCGACCGGCAAAUUUUAUUAUGGAUGAUGAUAGUUUAGAUACUGAACAACAACAACAACAACAACAAGAGCUGCAGCAGCAAAUGGAAACGUUAACACAUGGAUCAAGUAUUCAAAAUGCUCCACAUCGUCAUCGUAAUCGAGCUAAUCAUCAAUCGUCAAAUGAUGAAUCAAUCGGGAUAGCAUCAACAACAACAACGUUAACAACAAAUGAUGAUGCAAGAACAUUACCGAAUCAUCGUAAUAUAAUGGAAAAAGCAAAAAUGACUGUUCCAAGUAUAACAAAUAUCAUACAAAAAUUUGCAACAAAUUUUAAAACAUCUGAAUGAAAAAUAAUGAGUAGAUCGAUCGAUAGAAAUCAAUGUAGCUGCCUACUGAUUAAUCAUUUUAUCAUAACGGGAAAAAAAGUAAAAUAAAAUUCAUUCAUCUAAGAAUAAGAAGAAUAAAUGAAAACGAAACUCUCACACCACCCGACGAAUCGAAAGUUUAAUUUACUUAAUAUUUGCUCCACAUC